CAGAGCUGAGAGAAAGAGAGAGUCGCAGGAGGAAGGAGAAGGAGAAUGCGCCGUGUCUGGGUAACACUUUUACGCUUGUGUCCAGGGCCUUUGUGAAUACACCAUGGGGUGCAUCGGCUCCAGGAGACUGACGUCAGAUGGCGUGCCAGUCCAAAAGGAUGGGGAACAACUGUCUAUGGAAGACACCACAUCAAUCCUGCCCCGGCUCAAGAGGAACUCAAACGCCUAUGGCAUCGGGGCUCUGGCUAAGUCUUCUCUGUCAGGUGUGUCAGGUGUCACACGCACAAUGAAGGAAAGAGUGACCAAGCCCACAGCCAUGGCCCAGGGUCGUGUCGCUCACAUGAUUGAAUGGCAAAACUGGGGCAUGACGACGGUGGGUUCGGGGAGCGUCCUCCAGUCCCGCAUCACUACCCAGGAGCGAGAAAAGGAGCGGCGGCUGGAGAACGACGCCUACAGUGACCUCAGUGAUGGGGAGAAAGAGGCUCGCUUUGCAGCAGGCAUCCUGCAGCAGUUUGCAAUCUCAGAGGCAACGCUCCUGGCGUGGUCGUCAAUGGAUGGUGAGACUCCGCAGUCAGGAUCAAACCAGGGAAGCGUGGCUCACCUCAGUGAGGUCAACCAGGAGAGCAUCACCAGUCGAGAUCAGAUAUUGCACCACUCCUCAGCGGAGGUGUGGCCUCACACAUACGUCUCCCAGGGCCACUACUGCCUCUCCUCUUCUGACGCUUGGGAGCCCAUCAACAACGAUCCCUCCGUUGUGGCGUCUCCCCCUGCUGGCUCCUACGUUAUGGGUACGGAGGGCUACGAUGGGCAGGCCGCAGCUCACUUCCUGUCUCAGCAACAGCAGCAGCAGUUCACUCUCCAGCAGAGUCAACUACAACAGCUGCAGCAGAUCCAACAGUUUCAGCACUACCACCAACAGCAGCUUCUGCAGUAUCAGCAACAGCAGUCUCUGGAGCACAGGCUACACAGUGCCAACCACUCUUUGCAAGCAACACCCAACAGCACCAUCCACAGUCUGGUUCAUCAAAUUCACCCUCCGCUGGUUGAUCUGUGGAACACGGGGCAGAUGGAAACCUAUCAGGCAGAAGCCGGCGGGUACAUGGGUGUGGCGGCGACAGUGGAGCCAAGCCUGUGCGUUCCCACUGGUGAAGAGAUAGUAGGAACGGAACACUCCCCGCUACUGGAACAGAAACAAGAGGGAGAGUUGAAAACCACAGAAGAAGAUGUGGCACUGUGCAUGGAGCAAGAGUCGGCCACAUUGACUCCACCCACACAACAAGGGGAUGCUUCUGGUGGCAGUAGUCCGGGGCAGCUGCCAGCAGAGCCAAUCACAGAGCGGAAGUUGUCUGAUGUCACUUCUGGUCUCAUUCAGACACUAGAGGAGGAAGAGCCAGAAGAGGGGCCUCCUGCUUCUGUGGCAGCCAACUGAGUUUGUGGCAGACAAGAGACAAAUGAAGAACUGACUGGGGAGUCAGCAAGAAAUGAGCAUAAUAACACAAUAUAUCUCUAUUACUCUGUUCCUUUUCAGGUAUCAAAACCACAACUUUUUUGGUUGCAAGGUCAUUUCUUCAAAAUGGUGAGAAAUAGAUUUGGUGGACUCCCAAUAACAGUAGAGCUGAUGCAACAAUGGACACCUGUUUCUUUGCAAGCCUUACAUCCCAAAGGUAACUGAAGAAAAAAAGACAGAUGAAGGCGGAAGAGAAGCACCAACCGAGUGAAUUAUAUCCACCGGGAAACUGCACUGAGACAAAAAAGAGGGGAAUGGAAACAUGCAUGCUUUUUAUGAGACAAGCAACUCAACCCUGUCAUCAUCUAAUAAUGAUAAUAGAAAUCUAAAGUAAUAAAAAAAUAACAAUAAUUUUGUAAUAAAAGAAACAAAAAAAAGGACAACAAUCUAUGUAUAAGUGUAUGAUAAGAUAUGAGAUUUCCAGUGGGAGAACUACACUGUUUACAGCUGUUAUUCAACACAUAAGAUAGAGUUUAGUCAAAUUUAUUUCCCCAUUGCAUCAAACACAUGCACUAUACUUUACAUCUGGCAACCCAAGCACUUUCACAGAUGAUUGAAGUAGGCCCAGAAAAUCUCAGCAUUUCAGUGAAAUGCCGUUUUCCCCGAGGCACAAUCCAGGGACAGGCUCGCCCUGCUGACUGGACACCCAAAAACCCUGCACAGAUAAGGAUUGUACUGUAUACCGUGCUUCCUACUCUGUCUCUCUGUAUGCAUGUUUCUUCAGAGUACUAUGGAGUACCUGUACUAUACAGCACUGUAUAGACUUUGCACUGAACCAUAGUAUCCCAGGUGUGGCCACAGUGGCCCUGCAGUGGGCCUGCGGUGGGUUUGAGCGGUGGCUUUCAUGACUCAGAAAUAAACACAGAGCUGCAUAUGUGAAUCUCUUUUGCACUGAUGCAAUCCCAACAGAUCAGAGGUUCCCUUUGGACUGUUGAGGUUACCCAGUUUCCGCUCUGAAAGCUUUCACCGACAACCAAAACCGAGCCACUUGACAACGCGAACCCUCAGCUGCUUUUUUUUUUCCAUAGACGUAAUCGCGAUGAAUAAAGGAUGAUAACCACUAUUUUGAAUGUACUGGAAGACAGGCGGCAGUACACGAGUGCUGCUUUGAUGCCUCCUCCGUGGUCCACAAGAGAGAGAAGGGAGCGCUGUUCUGUUUUGUGAAACAAAAACAAGUGGGGGAGUCUUUCAACCAUGUUGGAAAGUGGAUUCACUGCUGGCUCACCAAGACCACAACAACACACACGCACACACAGAUAUGAAUAUCUAAAUUGUAACCAGCAAUAGGCAGGCGAGACACUGGCUUCCCAGAUCAGUGUCAGCUCUGUCACAAAUAUGUAAAUAUUCUGAGUAAAUAAAGAAAUUGCCUCUCGCUCACAAUCACAACUGUUCUAUUACAGUAUGAUUUCUUUAUUUUUGUACACCUCUUGGGUCCCACCUUAUUUUGGGGAUUGCUCUCAAACUCACAGCUUAGCCUAGCAAAGUUUAGUUUUUUCUUCUUCUGUGUGCAACAACACAAAGACAAAAUCGGAGGAAAUGGGAGGGAUGUUGUGUUUUAAGUUGGGUGAUCGAAUCAAACCGAGGGGCAUUCAACUCGCUGAGACCAUCGGCGGUGGAAAAAGUUUGGCGACGGCGACAGGAGGUUGCCAUUCAGUCAGCCAAUCAGGGAAUAGAGCGGACGAUAAGGACUGAACACUGGAGCUGAAAAGAUCGGUGUCUUCCUGCUCAUCGUUCUUACUGUGAAGCAGCUGCCUGGAUGUUUGACAAGCAUGGUUUAUUUUUUGUGGGUUUUUGUUUUUCUUUCACUGGAGGAAGGACGGUGUUUGCUAGCGAGACGUGGAGUUAAACAGCGGCGGUGAACAAAGUGGACUUUCCGUGCAUGGCUCACUGACAAAACUUUACGACACUACAAAACCACUGUUUUCUCUGUUGGAGGAACACCUUCUCUCACUUUGAUGAUUGUGUGAGAAACUUUUAAGAUGAUAAGAUAUAUGGUUUAUUGACUUGAAUGAAUUUAUUUAUUGAUUGCUUCUUUAUGCAAUGUUGGGGACAAUGUUUAUUUUUCUACUGACCUGCUGAAUUCUGAGUUAGAGUAGGUGUCACGGCUGUGAAGCACUCUCGUUUUGUCUGGUUUUGAGCACUUUAAACCAAGAAGAGAUGGAGCAGUUUGGCAGCUCACUGUUUUUAAAAACUUCAAGAAUUUCAGUAGUGCCAGGUGACAAAAACAACUUGAAGACUGCUCAAAACUGCAAACAGAAUGUCUUUACGCAAUGGCAAAUAUUAAUUUAUUUAUUGAAAAAUUACUUGGUGGGGAGGAAAAAUAAGACAUCUUGUACAGAGUAUAAUUUCACAUGGGUACCAACCCUUCUGGGAGCAGUAUCUUUUUUUUUUAAUGAGUCAGAUGACGUAAUGUGGUGGAAAGACCAAUGCUUUAUAUAUAUUUCUUUGACCAUCGCAGCUUAUUUGGGCUUGACUGUUUGCUAAUAAGCUACAUCACAAGGAAACAUGCAUGAACUCCAUUAUAGACACUGCUUCGCUUUGGGUUAUUUUUAUUUAUUUAUUUAUUU